AUGCGACCGGUAUCAAUAUUUUCAGCCACUUUGUGCGGCGUCCUCUGGGUUUCGGCGGGUGUUAUCGUCGGCGCUGCUGCUCAGGACCCCGAUGCAACCACAUCAGCAGAAAUUACAACUUCUGCACCACCGAUUCCUGUUCCAACAGAUUAUAAAUUGGAAUGUCUAGCAGUAUUCUCAGGCCAGCUAGGAACUCCAUGCCAGGAAUACUGUAGGGGCAAUGGUGUGGAGAAAGCCGCUGCUGCUACCGAGGCAUCUUGCGUAAAAUCACAAGUUCCCACCGAGUUAGUUACUGAUGGAAUGACAACGGCCGCCAUGGCCACAAGAACUAUUAUAGACCCAGUUGCCCUUACAACCGCAAUAAUAACACUCGCAAAUGGGAUGCCAUUGUAUGUAACUACAGUGACUGAGCACUACAACAGUUUGGCUACAAAAACGUAUACAAGAACACGGGGCGUGUCAGAUUCGGCGGUUGUAACAGGUUCCCCCUCAGGAACCGCUCAAGGCACUGGCGGGGUCUCCAGUUCCGUCAUCGGCCUCAUCCCCGCAACAGUAACUGCGGGUAGCGACGGAUCCGCUGCCACCAGCGGCGCUACCCGCGCCGCAUCCUCCGGCGGCGGCAAGUCCAACGCCGGCGCCAUAGCCGGCGGCGUUGUCGGCGGAAUCCUCGGUCUCCUGCUCAUCAUUGCCGCCGUAUUCUUCAUCCGCCGCCGCAAAAACCAAUCCACACCCCGCGACGCCUUCUCCUCCCUUGAGAAGAACCGCGGCGAGAACUCGCCGCAGUCCACAACGCCGCAGAUCCCCAUCACCUCGUACGACACGCCGCCGCAGCCAACACGAGGAGUGGCGCUGGAGCAGCCGUAUCCGGUCGAGUCGCAACGUUCGCUUAUUGGUUCGUACCCGCCGCCGCCCGCGGGCGUGGCGCCUGUGAAGCAGCAGGUUGAGGUGGAUGAGGAUGGCGUGAGCUUGAGGAGCCCGACCCCGCCGCUAGGGGAGGAGGAUGUGGGGAGGGGAAGGGAUUAUGUGCCCAGGUUGCCCAUCUACCAUAGAGGGAGCGAUGAGACGCCGAGGGGACCGGCGUUAUAG